AUGUGGGAACUGACAGCCCUCCUGCUCCUGGUUCCAAGCAGUGGGCAAGCAGCUACUCUGGAGAAGCCCAUAUUGUCUCUACACCCACCCUGGACCACAAUCUUCAAGGGGGAAAGGGUAACCUUGCGGUGUGAUGGGUACCACCCUCUGCUCCUGGAGCUCCGACCCAUCAGCACUCUCUGGUAUUUGGGCCACCUACUCCUGCCCUCUCACAAGAAGAGCAUCGAGGUGCAGACACCAGGGGUGUAUCGAUGCCAGACACGGGGAGCACCUGUCAGUGACCCCAUCCACCUCUCUGUAUCCAAUGACUGGCUGAUCCUGCAAGUACCCUAUGCUGCGGUGUUCGAGGGCGAGCCGCUGGUCAUGCGCUGCCGCGGUUGGUACGACAAGGUCGUCUACAAACUUCACUACUACCACGAUGGCCAACCCGUGCGCUACUUCCACUCCAGCGCCAACUACACGGUGCCCCAGGCGCGCGCCAGCGAUAGCGGGCGCUACCAGUGCUCCGGCACCAUGCGCAUCCCGGUGGAGAGCGCGCCCAUGUUCUCCGCCAAGGUGGCCGUGACCGUGCAAGAAGCGCGACACGCCGCUGCAGUUCGCCUUCUACAAGUACAGUCGCGCCGUGCGCCGCUUCGACUGGGGCGCCGAGUACACCGUCCCCGAGCCCGAGGUCGAGGAGCUGGAAUCGCACUGGUGCGAGGUUGCUACCGCCAGCCGCAGCGUCCGGAAACGCAGCCCUUGGCUGCAGCUUCCGGGGCGGGGUUCUCCCCUGGACGUGGCGUCCACCACCGUCCCGGUCCCACAGGCUGCGGCUUUGGCGCCCGGUAACAAGCCGCUUUCCUUCAGAAAGCCCCCGCUGUCCAUAUCGGUCCCGUCGGUCACCUCCGUCCCUAACACCACCUCAGCCGGGCUGCUGUUCCCCGCGGGCGGAGCCCCCACUGCUGGGCCACCGGCCUGCGCUCCGCUGACCCCCUUGGAACAAACCACUGGAGCCCUAAAACCCGACAUGGACCUUCUGCUCCGAGAAAUGCAGCUGCUCAAAGACCUUCUCAGCCGGGUGGUCCUGGAAUUAAAGGAGGCACAGGCCUUCCCAGAGCACAGGGACACACUCGAGACCCCCGCUUCCCACUUUGCUGUGAGUCAGAGAACCCCUGAGACCACUGCUGUGGAGAGCUGAGGGAGGGGGUGGUUACUGCCCCCUCUCCAGGCGUAUCCAUCCCUGGUCUCUCCUGCUUCCCGUCACGUGGAGACGCUACAAAGCCAUCUCUGCAUCCCUCUGUCUUACUGUGGCUUAUAAAAUGUGGUGGCUGCCAUGUCAAUCUAACACAGCACAUCCUCGUAACCACAAGGCCUUCCCUCUGAUGGCUCCCUUCCCCUCACAGAUUUCAGUAAGGAAGGAGAAACCUGUUAUUUACUACUUUGAGGUAUAUGUUUGGAAGUUGAAUUUAGUCAUCCUUAGCUUUUCAUAUAAAUCCAUCCAACAUGUAUUUCAGCACAGGCAAUUUUUUGGUACUUAAGGUUAUUUGGUACUAAGCUCUUUGGAACAUUUAAGGGUCAAGUUGUAAUUAUUCAUCAUGACUUUAAUGUUAAAUUUUAAAAGACUUUCAGUUCUGUUUCUGAUGAGUGUAUACCCUCAAAGUCCUGGGCUAGUUUUAGAGAGGGAAAGGGACUUGUGUGGGCCUCCAUUCCAGGUUAGAAGGGUCAGCAUACUGUUAGACUCACCCAGAUGCACCUCCUGCACCAACAUAGCUAGACAGGCUGAUGGGCUCUGGUGGCAGCAGGCAGGCCAUGCUCACUUUAGCCUAACUAAACAAGUGGUACUAUUAGCAUCAAGAAAUCUCUUUGAAGAAAGAUUAAGACAAAUUCUCAAAAUUGCUGAAUUCUAGUUUUUAGCAGGUUCUUACCUCCCGAAGAGCCAUUCCAACACUAACAUACAAUUCAAUUUUUAUAAGUCCCUCAUCUGCCUACUAAAACUAUUGGUUUUC